AUGUCAGCAUCUGUGCCUCAAGCGGCUUCGGUCAACCCGAGUACCCUGAUUACGGUUAAGCUGCUCUAUAAUGACAAUACUCGUCGCUUCAAGAUUCCCUUGAAAGAGCUCGAUGCCCACGUUCUUCCCCAGAAGCUCCGCCAGCUUCUUGGCGUCCCGGCAGACGUUAACGUCAUUCUUGAACGUUACUCCGAUAGCGCCGGUUGCUACAUCCACUUGGACAGCGAAAACAAUGCUGUCUAUAAGCAACUCUACCGUGCUGCAAAGGCCAAACUGAAGCUUCGAAUCAAGGUCACUGAAGUCAACGAUACUGCCUCUCAAUCACCAUUGCCGGUAGAGGAUUCUCCCGAUUACCCGAAUCAGACGAGAUACAGCUACCUUGAAACGGUUUUGAGCUCCCCUCUCCCUGAAGGCUCAGCUGAGUCUCUCUACGACUUGCCACAUGAUGCUGGGAAAGCUGUCUCUGCUGAGUCCAGUCCCAUGCCGUGGUCUAACGCGGAUGUUGCGGCAUCCGAGGAACAAUACCGAGAGUUCAAAUCGGACCAAGACAGUCUUGGCACUCCAGUCGUCUCGCACAAGUCUCCUACGGGUGUUUUUUGCAUUGACUGUAAUCAUUGCGGUCGGUCCAUUCCUAAUGAACACUAUCACUGCAGUAUCUGCGAUGAUGGUGACUACGACUUAUGCCUCCAUUGUGUAGACUCGGGGCUUACCUGCCCAAAUGAGAACCACUGGUUGAUUAGACGCAUUGUUACGGAUGGCAUUGUCACCAACAGUAUCACCGAGACAGUCGCUCCUCGAAAGCUUCAGGUUGAUGAUUCCGAGGAAGCACCCGAAUGUGUCGAAAAAGAGUUGGAGCCUGUCGCUGAACCCGCCACUGAAGACAUUCCAGAGACUCCCCCAGUUGCCCCAGAAUUCCCCGUUCAGUCGGAAGCCCGGAUUUGCAAUGCUUGUCUCAAGGAAUUCGAUGAAACUAAAAUGGUCACAUGUGUUAAGUGCAAGGAUUAUGAUCUUUGCAUCACGUGUCUGCUAAAGGACGCUCAUGGUCAUCAUCCAGCUCACAAUUUUUCUCUUCUUCACGACCGCCCGUUCUGUUUGAAGAAUUUGGUUUUGUCGCGCUGCAAACCUGGGCGUCGCUAUCAACAUGCUGCCAUCUGUGAUGGCUGUGAGAAGAAUGUUGUCGGCGUGCGCCACAAGUGUCUCACCUGCCCUGAUUGGGAUUAUUGCACUGAGUGCUUUUCAAAUGCGCAGGAGACCCAUCCUGGCCAUCGAUUUGCUCCACUUUAUGAGGCUAUUGCCGAGCCUACUCAGUCUCACGAGGUUCAUUAUGGCAUCUUCUGUGAUGGCCCCCUUUGCAAGAACAAGACGGUCCCUGGCUACAUAACCGGAGUCCGGUACAAGUGCUCUGUGUGCUACGAUCUAGAUUUCUGCUCCAAUUGUGAGGCACUUCCGACCAACACGCACAAUAGAACUCACCCAAUGGUUAUGCUCAAGACACCUGUUCGCAAUGUUACUGUUAGCACUCUUCAAGAGGAUAGAUUCGGAGGAUCUACGGUCACCCUCGGUGAUCGUGCUCAAAGAUCCACAUCCACCCAGGCCGUUAACCCAGUUGAACCUGAAGUUCCCACACCUGGAGUGUCCGUUAAAGAGGAGUCAGUUCUUUCACAGGAGAGUAAUUCUGUGGAGCAAGCUCGUUCGCCUUCGGGAGAGCAGCAGGUGAAAUCCGAGAAGCCCGACAAUAACGCGGCUUCCGGGCACGAGGCCCUCUUCAUACGUGACACUGUGCCCGACAGCACCAUUAUGCCGCCAAACAAGGUAUUCUGCCAGACCUGGACUCUUUAUAACCCCGGUCCGCUUGCGUGGCCUGCUGGAAGUAACGUGCGUUUCGUUGGCGGUGAUUCGAUGUUCAACGUUGACACGAACCACCCGUUGAGCCUUGACUCUAUCUCCGCUGCUAUGGAAAGCAACAAAUUGUCUAGGCCAUUAGAGUCAGGCCAGAGCGCCGACUUCACUGUGACGCUUAAAGCCCCCAGCCGAGUAGGUACUGGCAUUUCCUACUGGCGACUGAAGCUCCCAAAUGGCAUGCCCUUUGGUCAUAGACUAUGGUGCGAAAUUCAAGUACGGGAAGAUGCGCCUUCUACGAACGACUCAACAGAGUUUGGAAAAGAGAGGGAGCAUGACUCGGGUCGCACAGAAAGUCAAAUGAUCUUCCCUAAAUUGGAGAAAGAAUCUCCUGAAGCAAGCGCCCACGAGGCAAGCAUUGUGGCGCCGGUAGCUCCAUCUGUGUCCAACUCGUCUGAGCAAGAUAUUCUGGAGGAUGUGGCGAGUCUGUCCCUUGGUGAUCAUGACACGGAGACUGGGUUCUUGACCGAUGAGGAGUAUGACAUUUUGGACGCCAGCGACCAGGAACAGGGAAAGAGUAUUGCCGGUAUGGGGAGUUUACUCAACCUUGCCAUUCUCACCGUCCUGGUGGCGACGUUCUAUGGCCCUGUACACCGGCAGAUGACGGUGCUGGGGGUGCUCCGAAAAGCGACAGAUGAAGCUAGACUGGCAGAACAACAGGCCUUUUAUAAGAUUGAGGACACGAUGCACUGCGAAGAUCUGCAUUUCCACAGGCCAUCCCAUAAGAUUUUUACGGCCUGUGAGGACUCAGUCCUGCCUCGAUUCAAGUGGUUUCCUCCCUUGGGAAAUUUCGAAGGACCGGUGAGUUCGACAGGGUCCAUCCAUGUUAUUGAUCCCAAGACGAUGAGAUCGACACGUUUAGUCUUUGAAAAUUUCUCCGGCCCUUUGAUCACUCAUGGAAUUGAGGUCCUUGAAGACCCCGACAAUCCUGGUGCCGUCUACAUCUUUGUUGUAAACCAUAUGCCGAACAUGGAAUAUUACCAAGGUGAUUCGCGUGCCCAAGAUGUCCCGAAGGCGCGCUCGCAGGUUGAGCUCUUCCACCAUGCUCUGGGAUCCAACACUGUCCGGCACGUGCGCUCUAUCCUUCAUUCAUUGAUCGUUACCCCCAAUGAUAUCUAUGCCGAGAGUCCUCUCUCCUUCUAUGUUACCAACGACCACUUUUACCGUGAGGGAUUCAAGCGUCAGGUCGAAGACCUUGUUCCUGCAGCGAAAUGGUCUAAUGUCGUGCAUGUUCAAGUGGACAGCCUUGAAUCCGAGCAGGCGGAGAUCGGCGUGAAUGCCAAGGUGGCAUUGGUUGGAUUACAAAACAAUAACGGUCUGGGGCAUGGUCAAUCCAAGGAGGAAAUACUCAUUUCAAAUGCCAUCGGCGGUAUUAUGUAUCGUGGCCGAGCGAACCCUGAAACCCGCAAUAUCUCCAUCUUAGACGAGGUUCACUUUGAUAGUUCUAUCGACAACCCGAGCUAUUAUAUGGAUCCAUAUCGUACUUCCUCUGGUGACGCCAGCGGCUACGUGCUCGCAGGGCUACUACGACCCAUUGAUCUAGCUAAGAACCAUGCAGAUCCAAAUGGCAAGGAUGGAGUUAUGGUGUGGUAUGCACGGCCCAAUACUCCGAAGGAAGGAAGCGCUGUCGAAUGGCAAACCCGCUUGAUCUUUGAAGAUGACGGAUCGAACAUCCGGUCGAGUAGCACAGCACUGUUAGUUCCCAUCGAGCUGCAGCCCGGAGAAAAGAAAAAAGCAUGGCUUUUUGUGACUGGGUUUGUCUCAGAAAACGUUAUUGCUGUUGAGGUCUUUCUGUAA